CCUCCGGCGUGCAACUCGAUCUCCGCCGUGGGAACUGUUCUCCUUUGAAAUUAGCCAGCGUUUGUGUCCAAGUUUCGCCGGAAAUGUUUUCAAAAUUGGCAACUAUUUAGCCCGCGUUGGUGUUUGCGAAGAAUGUAACAACAUCUCAAGGGAAACCCUUAGAUAAACAGCCUCAAGAUGUCAGAACUUUUGUUGAGGCGGCGGAUUCUGUUGAUGGUGUUACUCUGUGCUGCUCCACUGCGAAACGCACCUUUCGGCGGAGCAGCAGCAACAGCGGCAGCCACCACAACUGGGGACCAGCAGACCCAGACCCAGAGUCGUGACCUCCGAAUUCCGGCGGGGUGGCAAAGCGACUGGGAGUUGGAUCCGGACUGGGAAUCCAUGGACAACGGCCCGCCGCCGCCGACGUCACGCGCCUUCGACGAUGACCUUUACCCCAACGACAACGGAAAUCCCCCCCGACAGCCGAAAUCGAGCAUCACGGAAAUGGACAAGCAAUUGUUUGGCAGCUAUUUUCCAGCGUAUCCGGAAUUUUUGGGCCGCCAGUGGCAUUUGCAGCAGCUCAAGCAGCUGCAGGUGCAACAGAAGUGGCAAUCUCCGCCAGUCAAGGCCAAGCGUACGCCCAUACAGUGGCCACCACCGGGCGAUGGUGAUGAGGAGCAGCAGCAGCCAGAGCCUGGGGAGCCACGUUAUCCCUUUGCCUACGCCUACAGCUUGCCCUGGAAGCGCAAGCACCGCUACAUGCCAUCGAUCAGUGCUGGAGCCAUGACCAAUUUGGGUGACUUCUUCAACCGUCUGGAGGCGAAUGUGCGCUUCGCGGAGCAAUCCCAGCUGGGUGAGUCGGAGACACGGCUGCUGGAGGGCAAGCAUCCGCAUCCGCUACAACAUUUACCAGCAAUGCCGCCCGCCGAAGGCUCCGAACCAGAUCCCGUCCAGCAGCAGGAGCAGGAUCGUAAGACAUCCAAGCUGCUCCAUGCCCUGCGCAGCUACCGGCCCUCGCAAAAGAUACGAUCUUUGGUGUCGCGCAAUCCGCAGGGCUAUCGCUCCCAGCUCAUUGAUCCCAGCUACAUGUGGCUGGGCCUGGGCAAAUGACCAAGAGUCCAGGGCCAAGCAUCCAUCCAGAAUGAGCUACUACCAAGGUAGUAACCACAACGAAAGCCAC